ACCAUACAACGCAACAACGUAGCACCAUAACACGUCUCCCUCCCUCUCCCUCCCUCUACGAUGGGCGACAUGGCAACCCUCCUCCUCCUCCUCCUCCUCCUCCUCUCUGCCGUGGCCGCGGCAUCCGGCGACGAAUCCUCCGCCAUGUCCGAGCUCCGGGCCGCCGUGUCCCCUACCCCGUCCGGCUGGUCCUCCGCCACCUCCUACUGCAAAUGGGACGGUGUCAACUGUGACUCAUCCUCCCGCGUCAGCGCCAUCAACCUUGCCUCCCGGUCCCUCACCGGGACCCUGCCCGCCGACCUCUCCUCCCUCUCCCGCCUCAGGACCCUGUCCCUCCAGAAGAACGCCUUCUCCGGCCCUGUCCCCAACCUUGCCAACCUCGCCUCCCUGCAGGAAAUCUACCUCGACGGCAACAAUUUCACCAGCGUGCCCUCUGGGGCCUUCGCCGGGCUCACGAGCCUGCAGACGUUGAGCCUGAGCAACAAUUUCGACCUCGACCCGUGGCCGAUCCCGUCCGAGUUGAAUCAGUCCACGAGCCUCGUCACCUUCUACGCCGGCAACGCCAACGUGAUGGGGCCUCUGCCCGAUUUCUUCGGCUCCUUCCCGAGCCUCCAGAGCCUGCGGCUGUCGUACAACAACCUCACCGGGCUGCUCCCGCCGUCUUUCGCUGGGUCCGGGAUUCAGAACCUGUGGCUCAACAAUCAGGCGCAGGGCUUGUCAGGUACUAUUGGUGUUUUGUCUGGCAUGCCCCAGUUGUCUCAAGUCUGGUUGCACAAGAAUAGGUUCACUGGUCCGAUCCCGGACCUGUCGAAAUGCGAGAGGUUGUUCGACCUUCAGCUUCGCGACAACCAGCUCACCGGGGUCGUGCCUGCUAAUCUGAUGUCGUUGCCUAGUUUAAAGAAUGUGUCGUUGGACAACAAUAAGUUGCAGGGCCCUGUGCCCGAUAACCCCAACAACAUCCAGUUUACUUAUGAUGGUACUAAUAGCUUUUGUAACACUGCACCGGGUCCUUGCGCUCCGCAAGUCACUACGUUGCUGGAGAUCGCAGGGGCGCUGGGUUAUCCGAUGACGCUGGCCGAUUCUUGGGAAGGGAAUGAUGCUUGUCAAGGGUGGAGUUUCAUUGCUUGUCAGGGGAAGAAUGUAACGUCCGUGACUUUCUCCAAGCAGCAUUUCUCGGGGACGAUCUCACCCGCGUUUGCCAAUCUCACGUCCUUGAGGAGUUUGCUGUUGAAUGAUAAUGAUUUGACUGGUUCUAUACCGAAUAGUUUGGCCUCGUUGCCUCAGCUUCAGGUCCUUGAUGUUUCGAACAACAAUCUCUCUGGGGCAGUGCCAGUCUUCCCAGCUUCAGUAAAAUUGACUACCACGGGCAAUCCUUUGCUCGGAAAAUCAAGCUCUGGGAGUGGGGGAACUUCUGAGCCGGGUUCAAAUUCGAGUUCUGGAAGUUCAUCGAGUGCAAGGAAGGGCUCUUCUGUCUCAGCUGGUUUGAUCGUGGCUCUUGUUUUGGCUGUUUUAGUAUUUUUAGUGGUGGUGCUGUUUGUAUUAUACAAAUUCUGUUAUGCCAAAAGGAAAAAUACAGGGAUUGGGAAGGGUGAAAAUUUAGAAAAGGGAAAAGAAGUAGCUAAGAUAAAUGGGAUGAAUGGGAAUGGUGGUGUUCAAAGUGAGAUGCAUAGUCAGAGUAGUGGCGACCUUCCUGUCUUCGAUGGUGGAAAUGUCGCCAUUUCAAUUGAUGUUCUCAGACAAGUAACGGAUGAUUUCAGCGAAAGCAAUGUAUUAGGCAGGGGAGGUUUUGGUGUUGUCUACAAAGGGGAACUGCAUGACGGGACCAUGAUUGCCGUUAAGAGGAUGGAAUCUUCAGCUCUAGGAAAUAAAGGAUUGUAUGAGUUCCAAGCUGAACUUGCAGUACUUACUAAAGUCAGGCAUAGGCAUCUGGUUGCUCUCCUUGGAUAUUGUAUCAACGGUAAUGAACGGCUGUUGGUAUAUGAGCAUAUGGCACAGGGCACACUGGCUCGGCAUUUGUUUGAGUGGGAAGAGAUGGGCUGCUCACCCCUUACAUGGAAGCAGAGAGUUACGAUAGCUCUGGAUGUUGCAAGAGGGGUAGAAUACUUACACAGCUUGGCUCAACAGAGUUUUAUCCACAGGGACUUGAAACCAUCUAACAUACUUCUUGGGGAUGACAUGAGGGCGAAAGUUGCAGAUUUUGGUUUGGUUAAAAAUGCUCCCGAUGGCAAGUACUCUCUCGAGACUCGUUUGGCUGGAACAUUUGGCUAUCUAGCUCCCGAAUAUGCUGCGACUGGCAGGGUAACCACUAAGGUGGACAUUUAUGCAUUUGGAGUUAUUCUAAUGGAGAUACUCACCGGCAGAAAAGCAUUAGAUGAUUCUCUGCCAGAUGAGAGGGCUCAUUUGGUGACAUGGUUCCGCAGAGUCUUAAUCAACAAGGAAAGCAUCCCAAAAGCCAUAGACCAAACUCUUAACCCUGACGACGAAACCUUGGAGAGCAUCUGCAAAGUGGCCGAGCUGGCAGGUCACUGCACUGCCCGCGAACCCUUCCAAAGACCCGAUUUGGGCCACGCAGUGAACAUUUUGAGCCCUCUUGUAGAACAGUGGAAGCCUUCUCGCCAGGAGGACGAGGACAACUUUGGCAUUGACCUACACAUGAGCCUCCCUCAGGCUCUAGAAAGAUGGCAAGCAGAUGAAGGAAUUUCCACAAUGUUUAAUGGUGCGUCCAUCUCCCAAACCCAGGCAAGCAUCCCUCCAGAACCUGCACAUUUUGUGGACACAUUUGAUUCCAUGGAUUGCCGGUGAGGGGGACUAAAAUAUAUGCCUCCCACCUUCUUAGUCCAGUGUCUUACCGAGGAGGAACUGCGCUUCUAUCAUAUAUUCUUUCACUUAAUUGAUCUUCUUGCAGCCUCCUGAUGAUUUAUACUGCUCGAGCUGAGUUAAUAGGAGCUACUUACUUAGGUUUUCAUUCUUUGAUCUGUUAUUCUUUUUCCACUCGUUCUUUCUUUUCUAUCUUCGCUUGUUCAGAAAACCGAGUUAAGAAGAGGAGCGUAGAUAUGUGUAUGAUAUUUCUUUUACACUGCAAAGAAAAGAAAGCGAAUGCUUUCACUUGAAUGUAGUAAUUGGGUUUAGAAAACUUUCCAUUUCUUCCUUUUCCUUAUGAAUGAUCAAAUUAAUUUU